AUGCUAAAAUUAUCUUUAUUUUUCCUUCUCCUCAUUCCCCCUUUAAUUUCUUCUUUUGACCGAACAAUUGACCAUUUUGAGACCAAUUUGGAUCGGUUUGCUAAAGGACCCCCUUCACAUAUUAAACCUUCACGAAUUAUUCUUCCAGCUAAUUUUAUGGAAAAAUUAAUAAAUAAUGGAGGGAUUCAAUUGAAAAGACCAGAAAAUUUUGAACAAAAUUUUAAUGAAAAUGCAAAUAAAUUAAAUAAUAACCAGCUAAAUCACCCAACUACACGAAUUUUAACAAACCCAAAAAUUCCAGUUGACAAAAAUUUAUUAAAUAAAAAUAAAGAAAAAGAGGAGAAUGCUUAUUUGUCUCAAGUUAAUCAGUUAAUUCCUUCAAUUCCAUCAAUUAACACAGGAGAAGAUCCUAGACCUUUCCUGGAAGGAGAAAGACUAGGGCAACAAGGAAAAUUCGGUGGACCAACAAACCAAUACAAAGAAGACUGGGGACGUAAAUACACCCAAAAAGAGAAUAGAGAAAUGGCUGGACAAGUUCCAAAUUUUAUUUCAAGUUUCGGAAGCUCUCAGCAACCCUCAAAAAUAGAAAAAGGUUGGUAG